AUGGCAAAGCGUUUGACAACUGCAGAAGGGAACGAGACAACUGAAAGGUCAACAUCCUCCAAUGUUUUGGGUUCCUUGGAGAAAAGCUGCAGUUUAGAUGAGUUGCCUGCAGGGUUGAUGGGUAAAAUGCUGGUGUAUAGAAGUGGUGCUGUCAAGCUCAAGCUUGGUGAUACUCUCUAUGAUGUGAGUGUCCUCGGGUUUGGAUUGCGUGUUUGCUCAGGAUGUCGUAGCCAUCAACAGAGCAGAGAAGCACUUUGUGUUGUUGGGGAGCUCAAUAAGCGCGCCAUUCUGACUCCAGAUGUGGACUCGGUGUUAGAAAGCAUGAGUGAAUUAUGA